AUGGUCCUGGGAGCCGUCUGCUCUCCGCCACUAACCGCGGAUCACCUCCCCACCCUUCCAUUUGGUCUCAUAUUAUUCCUUGCCCUCAGCUGUUAAAAGUCGCCGUUGACAUUUCAAAACACUGCCUCACUUCAAACCUGUUGCCCUGUUCUUGGCGGGAAGGCCUUACAAGGAAAGGUUGAGAGCGCUAGGGCUUUUCUCUUGAGAACACCGAAAGGGUUCACCAUGGUCUCUGUCGCAUCAGUUCAGCAGCUCUUGACCCCUGCAUUCACCAUUGAUAUCCAGAAAGUUGAGAAUAAUGCAAAGCGAAUGAUUGAGCGAUGUCAGGCCCUGGGAGUUCAACUCCGGCCACACAUGAAGACCCAUAAAACUGUGGAAUGUGCAGAUAUUAUGACAGGGGGCUCUCGAAGGUGCAUCGUCGUCUCCACACUGGCUGAAGCACGUUUCUAUGCUGACCAUGGCUUUGAUGACAUCCUGUAUGCUUACCAACUUCCUUUCGACAAAGUGGACAUCUGUGCUGAGCUAGCAGAACGCCUGGAGAUGCUCCACGUGAUGAUUGACGAUGAGCUGGCCCUAGCAGAGCUCACAAAGAGGCGACUAAAAGAUGGGAAAGCAUGGCUGGUCUGGCAGAAGGUGGACUGCAACAAUGGAAGAGUCGGGGUACGACCCGAGGAUCCAGCGGCAAUGAUAUUGGCUAAAUCCAUCGCGGAAUGUGAAGGUGUGGAGCUAGCUGGGGUAUAUGCACAUUGUGGGAAUUCCUACCGUGCAACUGGAUUGGAGGAGAUUCAAGCUGUGGCCCAGGAAACCACCAUAGCCACCCUGGAAUUUGUGCAGAAGUUAGAGGAAGCAGGUGUGAAGUGUCCUUGCUCAAGUAUUGGUUCAACACCUACCUGCAGUCACCCUAUACCAGACAUGGCUCGUCUCAGUGAGCUCCAUCCUGGAAACUAUGUCUUUUAUGACAUCCAACAGAUGAUGAUUGGUUCCUGUCAGAUGGAUGACAUUGCUGUGCGGGUACUGACGAGGGUCAUAGGUCACUAUCCACAUCGGAAUCAAAUGCUGGUCGACUGUGGAUGGACAGCAUUGAGCCUGGACAGUUUGGGAAAGCUGCCGACAGGCUAUGCACUCAUUGAAGGCCAUCCUGAGCAGAAGUUGGUGGGAAUGACACAGGAACAUGGAAAAAUUGAGCCAACUUCAGGGAAACCAAAUUUUCACAAGUUUCCGCUUGGAAGCUUGAUCUCGCUUAUUCCUUAUCAUGCCUGUGCCAUUGCCGCAAUGCAUCCUGUCUACUAUGUGCACUCAGAAGGUAGGAUUGUAGCUGAAUGGAGACCAACACGAGGCUGGUAGAACAAGGACAUCACAAGAGGAGAUUCUACUUGUGUUUCUCAUAGUGCCCAUGAUAAGUAGCAAUUCAGAUGUUGCCAUUCCCCUUCCUCUCCCCACAUCUCUGCACAGUCCUCCUCCUCCUCAGAUAUUUAAAUGUUUAGAAAAUGUGAAAACAUUUCCAAUAAAAAUGGAGACCACACUGCCCAUUGCGUCUCCAGCUCUGGAGAAAUGAGCAACACAGCCAAACCCAUUUUCUAGGAUGUGCUUCAUAUCUGUGGAAGCUGUGGCACUUGAAGGAGUCAAGGGCUUCUACCUGCACUAGUCUUCUGGGCAGUGAAAGUUAUCUGAAAUUUGGAUUAAUCUCAGCUGUGAUGCCCUCCACAAUUGAACGGCCCACCGUCAAUAAUGAACUGGGGUGACAACUGGAGUGUGACCAAAUCCCAGGGAACAGAAUAUUUUCAAGAAUAGGCAAAUGGGAGACUGAGUACAAAGUAGGAUUGCAUUUAAAGAUGUACUCAGCAUAUGUCAGAUACAAAGUGAUCAAUCGCUUUAGUCCUUUGCAAUGUGUCACCUGGUUGUGAGACAUUAUUGACCAGAUGUAACCACUGGAGAUGGGAGUUUCAUUCUGGGGAGUCACUUUUGACUGAAUUGUGAGCCUCACUGUGUCGCUGAUUGCAUGCACGGGCCAAAGGUCAGUGGUUAACACUGCUGCCUCAGCACCAGGGACUCAGGUUUGAUUCCCGCUUUGGGCAACUCUCUGUAUGGAGUUUAUUCUCCCUGUGUCUGUGUGGGUUGCUUCUGGAUGCUCUGGUUUCCUCCCAAAGUCCAAAGAUGUGCAAGUGAGGUGGAUUGGCCAUGCUAAGUUGCAUGUAGUUUCUAGGGAUA